AUGAAAGUAUUGAAAAAUAAUGUUGCCAAAUUACCUCCGGCUCAAAAAUAUUGUUCGUUAUUAUUCGAUGAAAUGAGUAUUAGUGCCGAAUUACAUUAUAACGAAACGUUGGAUAGGAUCGAGGGGUUUGAAGAUUAUGGUUAUGAAAGGACACAAAAAUUUGCCGACCAUGCAUUAGUAUUUAUGAUUCGGGGCAUUACCAAAAAGUUUAAACAGCCAAUUGCCUAUUUCUUUUGUCAAGGAUCAACAAGUAGUCAUCGGCUUGUUAAAUUGAUCAAAGAUAUAGUUCCAAACUUGCAUUCAACAGGGUUGCACAUAGUAGCUACCAUUAGUGAUCAAGGGGCUACAAAUGAAGCUGCCAUAAAAAUUUUACAUGCUGACACAAAGGCCUAUUAUUUAAAAAAAAAUGUUGAGUAUCGAAAUGAUGUAUAUGAAAUCCAACAUAACCAAGAAAGGCUGAAAAUAGUACAUUUAUUUGAUCCACCUCACUUACUGAAAGGAAUACGGAAUAAUUUAAUAACAAAAAACUUAAUUUUCACCAUGGAUGAUGAAAAAUAUGAAGCAAAAUGGCAGCACAUAAUUGAUUUAUACAAGCUUGACAGUACAAUUCCAAACGUCAAAAUGUUACCGCGAUUGACAGAUUAUCAUGUUUUACCACAAAAAAUUAGUAAAAUGAAGGUAAAAUGUGCAGCACAAGUUAUGAGUGAACGCGUAUCUUCUCUGAUGGGAUUUUUAGCUUCCAAAAACAUAAUCAAUUCAGAAGCUCGAGGUACUGCAAGUUUGUGUUUAAUGUUUGAUCAGUUAUUUGAUUCAGUCAAUGGGUCCUACGAUAAAAUUGUUGAUGGUAAGAAGUACAGAACAGCAAUUAAAAACAAGAGUCCUCAUUUUGAAUUGUGGGAAAAAUACUUACCAGUCUUGAAGUCCAUGGUUUUUGUAGACCCCAAAACUGGUAAACAUCAGAGACCACCAACUAUAAAAAAUUGGGAAGUUACCAUUAGAGGUUUAAAAACUAUUUAUCAAUAUUUGCAAACAAAAGGCAUCAAAUCUAUUCUUCCUCGAAAUUGUAAUCAAGAUACAUUAGAAAAUUUUUUUGGUGCCUCCCGUAACAUUGGAUGUAGAAAUGUUAAUCCAUCUUGCCAUGCAUUUGCAUCUUCUUACAAAACUCUCUUGCUCAAUAAUUUGAUGUCUACUCACUCUCCUGGAAAUAAUUGUGAAGAAGAUUUUGCUAGCUCUUGCCUUUCCUCUUAUCACGAGAUUUUUAUCAAUUCAAACACAGAAAAUAGUAAUACUAAUGAAAAUAUUGUCUGUCAUGAUUUUCCUCAAAAACCGUGUAUUCAAAAUCAACAUGGAAUUAAUGUUGAAUACCUAACAUCUCAGACCCAUACAUAUAUAUCUGGUUACAUACUUAAAAAAUUAAACUUACUUCUUUUAAAAAAUUGUAGCUGCUUAGCACAAUUAUGCUCAACUCAAUCUAAUAACAAUCACAAUUUAAUAACGGCUCGUGAAUAUUCCCAAACAUUUAUAUCUUUAAAAUACCCUAAUAAAAUAUUUUGUUCUUUGGUACAAAAAGUCAUUGACUUAGUAAGUGAAAAAUUACCUACCAUAUGCCAUACCUUAAAUGUAAAAGCCACUCUUAUAAAUAUAGUAUCUGAACUUAUAAAUUUAAAUAUAUUAAAAUGUCAGUUACAUGAACAAAUGUUUGGUCAAAUAUUUUUAAAUUUUACUAUUAAAUUUUUAAUAUACAAUUGGUGUAACAGUGUGAACAAAAUUUUAAAUGGCAAACAAUCUAUAAAUAAAAAUGAAAACGAUCACAUUAAAAUUUCAGCUUAUGAACGUUAUGUCAAAUACUCAAAAUAUAAACACUUAAAAAACAGAAAGUUUUAG